UUCUUUUUUUCCCUCUUUCUUGUCCUUGUCUUCUGUGUUUUGACUUUCUUUGUUCUCUGUACUACACUUUCCUGCUGCAUCUCCCCGCUGUGGUUGUUGAUCCUUCCAUUCACCAUCCCAAACUACUCGUGUAUACCGAACUUCCCCUCCUUUAUCUACUACCCCUCCAACUGUCACCAUGCCUGCCUUCCUCAAGAACAUCAAGAACAAGCUCAAGGCUAUCUUCAAGAAGAAGAAGACUGCCGAGGAGAACCCUGAAGGCGCUGCUGCUCCUGCUGAUAACACUCCUGCCGCCGACAAGCCCGCUGAGCCUCAGUCCGAAGGUGUUUCUGCCGCUCCCCCGACCCUCGAGGUGACGGAGACCCCGGCUGGCGAGGCAAAGCCUGAGACGGAAACCCAUGCGGAAGCCGCUGCUGGUGCAUCUGAGGCCGCUGCUAAGCC